AUGGCCAGCAGCAGCGGAGUAAAAGGCGAGGAAUUGCCUAAACCCCUUUCUGCCAAGGAUUUUAUUAUUUCCCUGGGCAUGGAAAACGUGAAGAAUGUCGAUACAACCAAGGUCAUUACUCGUUAUACCUAUGUCCCUCCUGCCGAUAGUGUUCAAGAUGAGACGAAACCAAGUAGUGUUGACAAAGAGAGCUUGGCUGCACCGGAGCCUGAUUAUGUAAUGGAGAUAUUUCCAAAUAGCAGCCAUCGCGAUGGUUCCAUAUACAGCGGCACAGAUGAUUGGAAAAUCGACUAUCGUAUUGCUGACCGCAAUGAGACUUGGCUGGAGGCAAUGAUGUUUUCAGAUCCCACAGAUUGCAGAAUGCACAAUGGAAUUUGUGAGUCACAUGCAAGUCGUCACAUGUUGCAGUUUUUGUCAUUAAGGUUGGCUAAAAUUCCUGCGGAGCUUGGCUCAGUCGAGUUGUAUGGAUACUUCGCAGCCCGGGAUAAUAUGAAUCCAUUACUUAAUUAUAUCGUCCACUUUAGCAGGGAUGAUCCCAUCAUCGUGAAGCAGGGUUCUCUCAUCCACAUGGCUGGCCCUAAGCGAGCAAUCGAAUUGGUCGGUACUAUUCUAAUUGAAUAUGACAUGAAGAUCAAGGCAAGCGAACAUGAAAAAGAAGAUCUACAGGUGAUCGAUGGUAUAUCAUGCUUGGAUAACAUAGACACAUGGGAUCGUACCCCGUUCACAUUUCGCAUCCAAGGCGAUUGUGGUGCAAUUGAUGUAGGUGUCUCACGUCUUAGCUUUGCGUAUGAGGCGACCGUAGAAGUUGUUGUAUCACAAGUGCAAAGCAGUUUCAGCAUGUGUAUCGGUUGUUUUACCAGUGGCUUAGAUGAAGAAAUCCGGCUCUUUGAUGGUGCUAUUGGUGAGUCACGUGCCUUAAAGAGGUCUGUGGUUGCUGUAGCAAGCGAUGAUGAGAUGGAAUUGAAGUUGAAGGUAGCCGCUGACUCGGGCAUCCCUGCUGAAUAUAGCUGUUGCUUCCAGUCGAAGCAGCAUGGGUGUGCCACUCAAGAGAUAUACACUGGUUUUGCAUUAAUUGCAGUGAAGGUGACUUGGUCUACUUUGAAUAAGCCAAGAAAAGGCAAAGAAGCUAAGGCAGUUUAG